AUGGCGUCAUUCAGCCCAAAGACUAUUAUUGCCUUUCUCCUCCUCAUCUUCUAUGGAUUCCUCAAUGUCGCAAACGCCGCUGGAGUUGCAGUUGCUGAUGCUCAGGGGCGGCCACAAUGCACAGUGACCGCCAAUGGCGACAAGGUUAGCGACGUGGACAACAUAUUGGAAGCUUUUACUGUUUGUGGCACAUCUGGAAUCGUCAUAUUCCCCGAAGGCGAGAACUACUGGAUCGAUAGAAAGCUUAACCCCCUCGUCCAUGACGUGGAUAUUCAAUGGCGGGGAGAAUGGACUUUCUCUGACAACAUCACUUUCUGGAGAUCCGAUGGCUAUUUCAUCUUCUACCAAAACCACCGUGCUGGCUUCGUGCUCUCUGGUGAUGGGAUUCGUAUCAAUGGUUAUGGAACUGGCGGUAUCCACGGAAACGGGGACGCAUGGUAUACCGCCGAAAAGGGUGCCACAGUUGAAGGCCGUCCCAUGCCAUUCGUUCUUUGGAACGUCAGUGAUGUGACAGUCAAGAACUUUUACAUAAAACAGCCCCAAUUUUGGGCCUACAACAUCAUGAACGGAACGGAUAUGUACUUCGAGAAUAUCUCUGUCAAUGCUACUUCUACAAAAGCACCAUCUCGAUACAACUGGGUUCAAAACACAGAUGGUUUUGACACAAUGGAUGUACAUAAUGUUCGCGUCAAGGGCUUCAAUUACACCGGCGGAGAUGACUGCGUUGCCAUCAAGCCCCGAUCGUACAAUGUUACCUUGGAAGGCGUCAUCUGCAACGGUGGCAACGGUAUUGCGAUUGGAAGCUUGGGUCAGUACCUCGAGGACUGCAGCGUAGAAGAUAUUGUUAUGGACGAUUUACUGCUCAAACGUGGGCCGGUCGAUUUGCGCUACGGGAUCUAUCUCAAAACGUGGAUCGGAGAACUCGUGCCUCAAGACAACUACGAGAGCGCAGGAGAACCCCGCGGCGGCGGUUGGGGCCGAAUUCGCAACGCUUUCUUCUCAAAUGUUCGCUACGAUAGGGUGAAUCAUGCCCCUUCCAUUUACCAAACCAAUGGCGACAAUGGGUCAUAUGCCGGUACGAGCAACAUGGAGAUAUCAAAUGUUGUCUUCGCCAAUAUCACCGGGACGCUAUCCGGCACGACGAACCGAGUCAGCCUGACUUGUAGUCAAAGGUUCCCGUGUCACGACAUUAAUUUCCAGAACUUUGAUCUAGCUGCUGGGAAUGUAACGACUACUAGCUGUACAGGCCGGUGGACUUUGGCAGACACCGUGACCGGACUCCCAGGGUGUUGA